AUGGAGCACGCGCUGGAAAGCAAGGGUGUUGCAGCUGGGAAUAUUACGCGAGAGUUAUUACGCGAAGAAAUUCACAAUUUGUUAGCAGAAGUCAGUCUUCAACGUAUUUACUAA